UCAGACCAGGACCCCGCCCACUGAGACCCCGCCCACUUCUGCAGUGAGCGCCGCUCAGCCGUCGAUUCUGGCUCAGCGCGACGCCUCAACAGCGAACCAUGCACGAGGAGGCAUUGCUGCUGCAGUUCAACUCCCUGCACUUCUGGAAGCUGCCGCUCCCGGAGAUCGGCUCCGACGACCUCCAGACAAUCGGCGACCCCCACCAAGGGACCAGCCCCCCCCCAUCUCCCCCUCCUCCCGUGCCCCCAGGCCGUGCCCCCCACCCCGGCGUGGCCCCCGCCGAGUCGACUCCGCGGAUCGCCGCGUCCGCCCCCCACGACUUCGGCACGGCCACCUACUGGCGGCGACCGCUGCCCACGCUCGACCCGGCCGAGAUGGAUCGGCUGAUGGCGGGAAGGGGGCCCGGGGAGGCUCGCGGCGGGGGGCGGGGCUGAGGAGGGAGGGAGGGAGGGGUCAGGGGGUCGCGAUCACGUGAUCGUGUCACGUGAUCGCGUCACGUGAUCGCGUCACGUGAUCACAACGCGCAGCGUUAGAAGGAGAACAGCGGACAGAACAGGGUGGGUCCAGAUGUCUUGUGCCCUCCCCCCCCCCGCCAGAGUAUUUAUUUAUUUAUUUAACGUAAUUUUUCGGUAAAUAUCUCCCUUGUUUUUUCACGGUGGCUAGGAGAUGUUAACUACCUCGCCUGGUACACAGGAGGUCGUGGGUUCCAUCCCGGACCCUGACGAUGCCUGAGUGAGUGGGUGAGAUGUUAACUACCUCGCCUGGUACCCAGGA